UUUUUCAAUGUCAUCAUCUCCUCGCUCGUGAGCAGCUAGGGUUUUAUAUUUCACAGACAAUUCAAUCGUUGCUUACACUCUCUGAGGCAUAGCCAUGGAGACCUCACUAUCUCUGCUCUCAUCAACCUCUUCAUGUUGGAGCAACGUAGUGAAGAGCCAACCGCCACCAGAAAACAAGCAAAACCCCAAGGCGACAAAUCAACUAUUCGUCGAAAGCUGCAAUUCCACGAAGGGCAUUUCGAUUGCAGUAAUUGAUGCAAAUGCCGUGAUCGAGGGCGGAGAUAAACUCCAUAACUUGGCCGACAGGUUUGUUACCGUUCCUGAAGUUCUGGCUGAGAUUCGCGACCCCAUCUCCCGCCACCGCCUCUCUUUUGUUCCCUUCAGCAUCGACUCCAUGGAGCCUACCCCCGAAGCUCUCAACAAAGUUGUCAAAUUUGCAAGGGCAACUGGUGACUUACAGACCCUGUCAGAUGUUGACCUCAAACUCAUUGCCCUAACUUACACGUUAGAGGCACAGAUCCGUGGAACCAAAUAUGUUAGGGAUGCUCCUCCUCCUAUCCAUACAGUCAAUGUGAAGAGGCUUCCUGAGAAGGACUUGCCUGGGUGGGGUUCUAAUGUUCCUAAUUUGGAAGAAUGGGAGGCAUUAGAACAGGAAGCUGGGGAUGGAUCAAACACACAUUCAAGGAUCCUUCCUUUGAAAGAGAUGAGUUUGAAUGUUAUCCCUGGACAUGAUCAAUCUGAAGAUGGUUCUUCUGUUGCUGAAAGUGAAGCACAUGCUGGGAAACGUGAAUUUACUGAACAAGAUUUGAGGAAACAUAGGAGAUAUCCAAAGAAGAAAACAGAGAUAAGUAUUGAUGGGAAGAAGAUGGUUGCUGAUGGAAUUGAUGCGUCUCAGGGACAGACUGACAAUGAUGCCACCGAUUGGAUGCCUGCUGUCAGUCGAAGUACUCAUCGUAGAUAUCUUAGAAGGAAAGCUAGACGUGAAUAUUAUGAGGCAUUAUCCGAAAAAGAUAGUCAGCAAGAUCUGGAUAAAAAUAUGGAUAACAGCAAUACUAAUGAAACUAAUAUCCCAGAUCCACAUCAAAAUUCUGAGGGAGUAAAUGCUGAAAAUGAGAUUUCUGAGGAUGAUGAGGCGAAAAAUGAUGAGGACAAUCUCACUUCAACCCUAAAGCAAAUGAGGCUAGAAGAAGGUUCGAUGAACCUUCUUCAAGAAGGGAAAGACAAGGACGGUAUCCUUGCAGGGCCUAAGUUUGCUGAUUCCUUGGUGAUGGAAGCUGCUUCUGAAAACAGUGUAAACUGUCCUCUUGAAGCCAGUGAAAUCGAUAGUGCCAAUGAAGAACUAGAUCACCAGGAGAUAUUAAGCCAGACCAAUGAAAGUAUUGAUGUGUUACAUGUGGAUGAUGAUGCUAGUGAGCAGAGCUGGUCUCUUAAAUCCUUAUCAGAGUCCAGUAUAGCUUGUGUAACUAGUGACUUUGCAAUGCAGAAUGUUCUCCUGCAAAUGGGAUUACGACUACUGGCACCAGGAGGAAUGCAAAUUCGCCAGCUGCACAGGUGGAUAUUGAAAUGCCAUGCAUGCUAUACUGUGACUGCUGAAAUUGGGAGAAUUUUCUGUCCCAAGUGUGGAAAUGGUGGCACUUUGCGAAAGGUAGCUGUUACAGUUGGCGAGAACGGAAUCAUUUUGGCUGACCGUCGGCCACGGAUCACUUUGCGUGGUACAAAAUUUUCAUUGCCUUUACCGCAAGGUGGAAGGGACGCCAUCGCUAAGAAUCUUAUUCUGCGGGAAGAUCAACUCCCACAAAAAUUCCUUUACCCUAAGACAAAGAAGAAAACAAAUAAAGAGGGAGAUGAUUUCUUUGGGUCGGACAACAUCUUCAACCACCAUACCGAUAAAAGAGCUCCUUUCCAGCCGCCAGUAAGGAAGGCAUUAGCUGUUUUUAGUGGAAAGAGGAACCCCAAUGACAAUCACUACUCCCGUCCUAAGCAUUGAUAACAUUGCUCUCUCUUUCUUUAAUUUUAUAUUUAAUUUUUUAUUUCUCUUUUGAACGUCAUUCUAAUAUUGUGACAGCAAUCCAUAGCAUUUUCUGUAGUAUUAGCAGGUGGAUGUGAUAUUUGUGGUUUGCUCAUCAAUGAGCAGAAUUUUUGGUGUGGGUUUCUUAUGUUUUGUUCCACAUGCAUAAUGAAAAUUUAGUACAAGCAAAUUAUGCAUGCUCAUACUAAAUAAGAAACUUGAUCAUUCCUUAA